UCUUAAGGCAUUGCCACGUGAAUCAACCCUGUGUAGACACAUACCGUCGUAAAGCGCUCUUUAUUCCAUGGGGAAAUUCAAGCUACUGUUGGCUAUCAUCGUUUGUCUGGCCUGCCUCGCUCCAUUAGUUUAUCAGAUUCAGUUUAAGAGUGUCAUAAAUGAAAGAAACUACCGAACACCGUUGUCAGUCCAGUCAAAAGAUAACCGAGAAGACAGACUUACUUCUCAGUGGCGUUACAAAAAUGGUUCAGUCAACUUUAGUAUGGUCACUCAAAACUUCAUUGUCAGUAUUGUCAACCCUCAAGCGGUGUACCAAGUUGGGCAACUACUUUUGAUCAAAAUUGUUGCAAAGGAUUCAAAGGGUCGUGUGAAAUCAUAUGGAGGAGAUUUUCUUCGAACCAAGCUUUACAGCAACGUCCCGGUUCAGGCUAGUACCGCUGGAAGAGUCACAGACUUUAAAAAUGGAACUUAUAUCGCCAGAUUUUUUCUGAGUUGGCCAGGAAUACUCUUCGUUUCAGUGCAACUCAUACAUUCAAGCGAGGCUGUGCAGGUUUUGAAAAGAAUCCGUGACACAGCACCGGUAAGGCGAAUCAUGGUGUGCGGCUUUCUGGAUGAAAAAAGAAACGUAUCUGAGUGGACGCCUUGUACAAAUAAUGUUGGUAAACACGUUAAUCUCCGGGACGUUUGUGAAUAUUCCAAACCAGCUUUUAAUGUAUCAUUCCAUUGCCAACGACCGACACGUCCAAUUCGCUGUGGAUCCAUCACGGUGUGUCAUCGUGACCGUACGGGUACUUCAACCUUGCAAGAUGAGAUUGUCACUGCAGAUGAAAAAAAGCUGUUCCCGAGGGAUCUGAGCUUGAAGGAAACUUCGUCUAGCAGCAUCGAAAUUCAAGCUAAAGGCAUCCGUGUGACCAAGAAAGUAACAGGAAGCACGCUACCAGUCUGCGCUCCUCGCCUGGCUGAGGCAGCGUCUGAAGGCUACUGGUUCAACGGAACCUGGAAUUGUCUGAGAUGCCAAACAAGACGGUUUCCAUCAGCUCGGUCAAUGUUAGACUGUCUUCAACACAAAUCAUUGUAUUUUUUCGGGGAUUCCACGACCAGGCAGUGGUGGGCCUAUUUAACGGAAUUUAUUGGCCUAGGUCGCAGUGGAGAUGUUCCCCAAAUUAUUAACAUAGCUUCAUCCUCAAGCAGAGAAUAUAAUGUCAGCUUGAAAUAUAGGUUUCACUACUUUCCAAAAAAUGUAAACGUAAAAAAUAUAGAUGUUAAUACUCUCGGUUAUGUAGCAGAAGGCAUUGAUGAAAUUGUAGGUGGUCCAAAUGUUGUGAUAAUUGUAGGGUUAUGGGCACACUUUAUGGCUGAACCUAUGGAAACCUUCCGUUCACGAGUUUGGGGUAUUCGUCACGCCAUAGAAAGACUGCAUAGCCGCUAUCCAGACACAUUGGUCAUUUGGCGAACUAGUAACACCAAUCACCACGAUCGGCUCAGUCAUUUUGUAGAAAACAGCGAUUGGUAUGGCUACCAACUUUUUUUGGAAGUGAAAAAAAUCCUGGAAGACGUAAACGUUGCGAUCCUAGAUGUAUGGGAAAUGUCGGAGUCUAUGUGGCAUGACGCUAUAAUGCACCCACCUAAGGAGGUUAUCAAGGAACAUGUGAAUAUGCUACUGUCUUACAUAUGCCCUGCUUAAACAGAAAUACCAAAGUCUUUUAAAACUUUUAUCAGAUAGACAAAAUAUACUCUAAAAUAUUAAUUUUACCCAUCAUUGCAUGGGCCCAUUUUGCUUUGUAUCUUUGAUGUUGGCUUGAAGUUAUCGCCUGCAGGUUGCUGUAAUAACGAUAUUCCUGAAAGAUCUCAUGGAAAUCAGAUAAUUAACAAAAGCUACUUAUAUUUCAUCAUUUUGAAAAUUUCAACAAUGCAAUACAGAGGGUAUUCAGAAGUUCUGAUGUUCGGAGCCAUGGAACAAACAUACAGUAUGUAGUUGAAUAUAUGGAAUAAAGUAGCACAUGAACCUUCAAGCAGCCGACCUUUUGUUGCGACUAAAAUCACCAAGUUGGGUCAGAACGGACCCCCAAUUUUUUUAUUAAUAAAAUCAAUUUGGGUUGCCAUGGCAUAUUUUGGCCAAAUUCCUAUUUAAACAAGGUUAUCUUGGUAAACUACACUUGAUUUUUAACAACAAAUAAAUUCUAUGAAAUUCAAUGUAAUUUCAUAAUUCAAAAUUUUUAAUUUAUGUCUUGACGGUAGAAAAAAAAUCUGUUUUAAAGAUACUAAUACUGAUAAAUAUUAACAAAUACCCAUACCUUAGAAAAAAGUACACAGUCGACGUUAUAAAGUUACUACUAUUACUUUGAACUGCGCAUAUUCCAAUAUUGUAUGUAUGUAUGUAUGUAUGCUUAAAGAAGACCAGAAUUACUCGAAAACGUCUAGAUGCAUUGGGUAGAUCUUACAAAGAACUGAAAACGAUUAGAUUUUGUGCCCCCUAGCGGCGCCUUCAACGGAACACCCCGGGUUCGAUAUUUCGAGUUUUGAACAUGCUGACAGCUUAUGAUGCCGAGAGUAAAAGGUGUAGGUUUGGGCCCCCUGGUGGUUCCAUUAUUGGACCAUUACAACAUCUGACAUGUGUAACCGAUAUAGAAAGGAAUAAUAUUGAUAGAUAUA